GUCCCGCCCCGCCCCGCCCCGGCUGCUGGUCGGCCGCACGCCUCAGAGGGCCACACUGUGCCGGGCCCCCAAGGGAGGGGAGCUGGCCUGGGGCGAGGGAGCGGCGGGGGUGGGGGGGAGGGCGGCCCCUUUAAGGAGUCGCUCUGCGGUAACCCGAGCCCGCAGUCGUGGCGCAGCGGCCACAGCUCUUCGGGCUCCUCCCGGUGGCGGCGGCGGCUCGGAGUUCGGCGCUCGGAGCUCGCUCCCUUGUGCUCCCACGGCGGCAAAGGGGAGGCGCGGGCCCAGGAAUAGACAGCUCUGCAGACCGCGGGGACCCUGGCCCAGUUUGCAGCUGUAGGUGAAGGUUAAUUUCUAAUCCAAUGUGGGAGUUUGAGUUGAGAAAUCAAAAAAGUGCUCAAAGGAUCAUUGUAGUUGUGCUGGGUUGAAGAAACAUGGAUUCUUACAGCAUUAUUGGCAUCAUUUUUGCUAGUUUUCUCAUGUUUCAACUUCUUUUCCAUGUUGUAAGUUCUUGGUUUUCGGCACAAGUAACCUCAGGUUUUAACAAACUAAGCACCCAAAAGAAGAUUGAAUGGAAUUCAAGGGUAGUAUCCACAUUCCAUUCCCUGCUGGUUGGUUCUUUUUGCCUGUAUCUUUUAUUUUUUGAUGAGGCUUCUAUAGCUGAUCCCCUUUGGGGUGAUGCUUCACUUGUUCAAGUGAAUCUUUCCAUUGCUUCAGGCUACCUCCUCUCUGAUAUGUUUCUUAUCAUUUUAUAUUGGAAAGUCAUAGGUGAUAAGUUUUUUAUCAUUCACCAUUCAGCAGCUUUAUAUGCAUACUACUUUGUACUGAUGAGAGGAGUCCUGGCAUAUUUUGGUAACUUUCGUCUGAUUGCAGAAUUUUCAAAUCCUUUUGUGAAUCAGCGGUGGUUCCUUGAAGUGCUAGGAUAUCCCAAGUCUUCUAAAGCUAACAUCAUCAAUGGUGUACUAAUGACAGUAGUAUUCUUUAUUGUAAGGAUUGCAGUUAUACCUCCUUUCUAUAGUCAUAUUUAUGCUCUAUUUGGAACAGAACCUUUCAACAGACUAGGAUUUGAUGCCCAAAGUGCCUGGAUUGGUUGCAGUAGUGUUUUAGAUGUAAUGAAUGUGAUGUGGAUGAUCAAAAUUUCAAAGGGAUGUCUCAGAGUCAUCUCUCUUAUAAGAAAGGAGAAAACCAACAAGAGUCAUCAAAAUGGAAAACUUGACUAAAAAUGGCAUAUUGAAAAACACCUUCAUUACAACUUAACAUUUGUGCUGAUAUGUGCUGAUAUGACAUUUCUUGGCAUGGUCUCUGCUUCUUUAUUAAUAUUUGCUAUUCAAGAUUUCCAUGACAACAUCUGUUUUUAACUUUAGGAAAGAAAAACUAAGAGUUGCUUUUAUUCCAAGACACCUUUUCAGCUUUCCAGCUGCCUUAUAAGCAUGAAUACAACUUUAGGAGUUUAAAGAACAAUUAAUGAAUUCAAUGAAGAUCUUCAGAAAUGUAUUACCUGCACUAGCAUUUUUCACCAUGAAAAGAUGGCUGUGUUCAUGUGUGUGGUGCACUUCAUUUUAUCUGGGUAAUUCUGUCAACAGAAUUUAAAUGACCUUUUUUCUAUCAAUGUUUUCUUGGCAACCAACACUUGUAUGGGCCUUGGCUUCUAAAUGGUCAAUAUUAAUCAAGGGACUUUGAGACAUGAAAUGAUGACUCUGGCACAGCUUAUCCAUUUAAAUAUCUGGAUGAAGUUCUUUUGCCUCGUUAUAUGUAUCUAAUUAGCUCAGUCAUGGAAAAUAUUUCCUAUAUUGUGUGAUUUUUUUUUCUUUUAGGUAGAUAGGGAUUUUGUAUAUAUGCUCUUUUUAUAUUUUUUUCUUGUUUAUCAUGUCAGAACACGUAAAAUUUUGGUUAUUUUAUAACCAACUUUUGGGGUUAGCUGAAAAAAGAAACCAAUCUUAAUUUCAGAGGUAUUUUAACAACUUGGAAUUUCUUAAUUCCCAGUUUAAGACUAGUUCAAAUUCUGUUUUUCCUGAUGGAAGAAAUUUCAUAUAAUUAGCAAACUUAUUUCCCCCUCUUUUCUUAAUAAUUUUCUCUAGAACUGAGCACAUCCUUCCUUGAUAAUGUGUUGAUGAAAAAAGAGAUUGAAGAGUGGGAGUGGGAGUGGGGAGGGAGAGAACAAUCAAUAUUUGAUAGGAGUAGGCAUCUUAGAAGGAUAUUCCAAAUGUGCCUACUCUAGUGUUCUAGUUUUAUCUUAUUUUAUUAAUCCCUCCAAAACUUCUCAAUAUUUGUUGACAUCCUUAUGAUUAAAUAUAUUGAUGUUUGUCUCCUUUCUUAUUUGUUAUCUGAAAUAAUCAGAAGGUAAAUCUUUUACUAUAUAUGAUCAGUUAUUAAUGAAAGCUAUUAAACAGGUUGUUUUUUUUUUUAAUUUCUGUCUUUAGCAUUUUAUCAAAUUAAUACUGUGGUCUAUUUUUAUAUAACAGUAAGAACUGACAUAGACCUAAUUAAAAACUUCCACAAGAGAAGAAUGAUUUCUCUAAAAAUGUCAGUAGGUGAUUAUGCGGUUAGAAUAAAAGGAUGAAUUGUGAAGAAAAGUAUGAUGAUUUUGCUGCCUUGUCUCCCUCUCCACCUACCUUAUAGAAGAUAAAUUAUUCUCUUGUGAUUUGCAAAAUCUUCUUUGCAUUUAAAGCCCAGUAAUCAUCAGUACCAAAGAUCAUCUCGUACAGUAUGAUAUCUAUCAGAUUCUUGAGAUAGGCCAUUUAUCUUCCUAAAAAUACCCUAAAAAUAUUGCAGGGUUUUUUGGGGAUAUAUGUGUAUGUUUUUAAUAGAGUUGAGACCCAGUGAUAUGUAGAUAGUACUUUUCAAGUUUUGUGGUGGUGGUUUUUUUUUUUUUAAUUUUGUCUAAAAGACAAAGGACGAUGAUGUAAUUAUGUGCAUGUGGUGAUUAUUAGUAUUAUCACAUUAUCACAUGUAUAUAAAAAAGAGCAGUUCAUUUGCUGAAAGACUGGUGAUUGAACUCUGUUUUGUUCUACCUAUGAAAGGAAAAUACUGUUUUUAUCUGACCAAGGACGGACAUCAGGGAUUAAAAUAAUCUUAAUAAUAAUAAUAAUAAAAUUUGUGUCAGAUACAUUUCUAAUUAUUUUCACUGGAAUGGAACUUUCACUCUUAAUAAUCUGAUAAAAGUUCCACUUUGGAUUGUAAAUGGCCUGAUAUAGUCAGAAAUGAUUUACUAAAUCAAACCAGAGUUGUUUUUUCUUAUUUGAAUUGUUUGUCCAGUCUGCAAGUCAUAAAAACAUUUGGGGAAAAAAAAAACAAAACCUUAUACUUAAACCACUUAAAUAAUUGGCAUUUAUUUUUAAAAUCAUUAUUACUUUUAAAUCCUUAAUUAAUGGCACACUACCAGCACCUUGCACUUAAAUAGUCAAUAAAUUUUUAUUGACUUCAUUACUUAGAUGAAAAAAUAGGAAAAAUAUUUCUCUCGCCCCAGCCUUUUUGGCAAACACAUAUGCACACAUACUGUUUUAGAAAUACAUAGCUGUAGAAUGAAAUAAAUUUGAAAUAGAGAGCUUAGUUCUUAAGAUAUCUUUUUAGUUCUGAACAUAGAUUAAAAAGCUGCUUGAGAUUAAGACAGUAUAAAUUUAAUAUUCUGAGACCUCAACACAGUAUUUCUAGCUAAAAUUAUAUGUUAUAUCUGUCACAAACAAUACCUUUCAUUAGCAUAAGUACCUCAAAUAUAAAUCUAUUGGAAGUAUCAUUUUAAGCUAUUUUUGCUUAUGUUAAUCAAAUAUAUAGUAUUUGUUUAUAUAUUUGCUGCAUAUUAUUUACUAUAAAUUCCUUAAUUUUAAAAUCUAAACAGUCCAGUUUCACUGCUGAUAUAAAACACAUGAAAUGAAAGAUAGGUAAUUUAAUAACUUGAAAUUCACAUACUUCACAGAAAAUAUAUUUCCUCAAAUUUAGUUGUAUUGUGAUUAUGACAUUCUGAGAUAUAGAUGGUUUAAUGAUUUGGAAAUACCUCUGGUUAAGAGAUGAGAAAAUUUAGAUACUAAAUAUUCUGAGUGAAUGGAUCUUAGAUGAAUUUUUAGGGCCUCAUAUUUGAGAUUCAGAUGUUUUUCAAAAUACAUAAAACUAGUGUAAAGGAAUUUUCUAACAACUUUUUUUUUGUAGGAAAUUAAUUGUGUUAUUGGUAACUUGAUAUUACCAAAACUAAAACCUUCAUACUGUGACUUUAAAACUCAGCAGAAAAUUUUGUUACAUAAGUUGAGUUAAUUACUCAUGUGAUUGUCCAUGCAAAAUCAGAAUUAAAUAUUAGCUGUGUAACUAAUUAACACAAUUAAGUAUUUUCUUUGGGCAAUUUAAAAGAAUUAGGACUUGAGUUUGCUCUUAUGUAUAAAAUCCUCUUAAUGAAGAAUGCCUGCAAUUGUUUAAAAUCCAGAGUGAUAGGUUAACAGGAUGUUUAUGUUAGAUAGGGAAAGUUCUUUAUUAUAAAUUUUUCAGUCCAGUUGCUAAAAAUAUGUAAUAUUUAUGGAAAAGUCCUGCAUUGAAAGAGAUAUAAUAGUUACAUGACUUGACAACUUUAAAUAACUUUAGGUUAACCUUUAAUUUAACAUUUAAAAUUUUAAAUGCACUGUGCAGAAUUCAGUAUAGUGUUAAAGGUCUAGUUAAAAAUUUGCAUAAGUUUACAAUAAACAUUUAAAUAAAACUCUUUUCUAAAAUUUAAAAAUAAAUUUGACUCGAAUUACAUUUUUACUAAUGUAGGUUUUAUAAAAAAAAUUUAGGCUUAAAAUUUGUAUAAUUUCUUUGAAGUAUAUGUGGAAUUUUGGUGGUACAGUCCCCAAAAAAUUGACCUCCGUUUUUGAGAAAAGUUGACUUCAUUGUCAUUUGCAAGAUUAGUUUUUGGUGCUUGUAGCACAAGGAUUGUUCAACAAAGGGUAUGUCCUGGUAGGUAUUGUGGUUUCAAAUGUGUUCUCCUUUAGUACUCCAAAGGAAAUUUGCUUUGUUCAAAAGGUAUUUGUAUUACUGGGGAUAUUUAAAUUGUCACUUUAAAUGUUUUUAUUGCGAUUGCCUCAAACCAAAAGUUUGAUAGAAAUGGUUCUAAGCUGGCUAAUCUAAGUUGGUAGUAUCAGUUGUUCAUAGUGAUUCAGCACAGAACAUGAAAUUGCAGAUUGCAGAUUUUAUUAAGAAGCAAAUGAAAAACAUGACAUCACAAGUCAUGUGGUGUAACUGGUGCCCCAAAGAUUGUGCAUUCACAUGCACUCACACCCCUGAACUAAACUAAAAUUCAUGAUCUGAAUCAGAGCAGCGUAAAAUCAGUGGGGCCUGAUAAUGGACUAAGGUUAUCGGGGAGGAGCUCUUUUACCUAAAUGGAAAGAGUUCUCUGAGCACUCGAACCCAGACCAGUUCAGUAUGUUUUCACUGGUGGUUAAGAGAAGCAUCCACACUGGUUCCUCUAAAUCUGUCUACCACUAUCAUUCUUCCAUAGCAUUUGACUGGUAUAUGCCUUCCAUUAAUGUACCCCUCCACUAGCCUUUUGGUCCUUGGAUGUGUUGGGCAAAUUUAUAAGUUCACUGUAGCAUAUGCUCCCAUACAAACACACUUACAUCACCUGAAAGGAUUAUAGGGAGAUAUGAAUGAAGACCAUGUUUUAUUAGACAAUUAUGAGAAGUUGUUUGGGAUAACAAGAAAUGAUUCUCUAGAAUCUUAAUAUCUGUUUAUUAUGUGCAGGAAAGCUAAAGAUGUGGUUUCACUGGAAAGUAUCUGCAACUUGUGAUGAGAAAGUGGUUGGAUAAUAGAUACUUUAUGAGCUAUUUAGGGAUUUUAAUACUAAAUCUUGGUAUUAUCUAUUCAAUAGUUCCACCAGCAAAUAAAUGAAUUGUUUAAGAUAUUUUGCAAAAGCAUAACACCUAUGAUCUUUGUUUUUCCAAAUUUCUUUGAUAAUAACAAGAGUAUGUAAGUGGGGAGAGCAUUAUGGAGAUGAGUGAAAAAUUAAAGGCAGCUAUAAUAAAAGAAUGAUUUGCAAUGAAAAUGUUUACAUUUCACUUUGAGCAAUGGACAUGACCUGAUAUAAGGCCCUAAGAUUAGGACCAAGGGCAAUGAAAAAGACUAUUUCCAUAUUGAAAAAUAAAUUUCUUUGCAUAAAGGAAUACCUCUGGCUGAAAACUCGUUAACCAUUGGUUGUGUAAUGUUUCCUUUGUACCUCUGUAAUCUUGUAAUUAAAUGAGGUGAAGGUUAUUUGUUACUUCCUGGUAAAUGAAACCUAAAACAUAAGCAAAUAAAAUAUUGUGUGUAUUUUUUUUCCUCUCUUGCCUGAUUGUUGAAAUAUUGUAUAAUUAUGUCUAUAUUUUAAGGGCUUUUAUGUAAGCAUAGAAGACACUAGAUUUUUAGUGAUUGCUACCAAUAAAUAUAUGAGAAUGUUUUAAAAAUUUUUAAUCAAAAGUUUUUAAUAUAAAAGGCAUUAAAAUUAUGGAUUUUAUUUGAAAAAAAUAUAUGCAUACUGCAAUAAAUUCAAAUAUUUAGAUAUUUUAGAUGUAGAUGAACUACAUAUGUAAUGCUUGCACACAAAUUUUAUGUAAAAGAAUAAACAGCAUAUACUAUUUAAAAUGUCAUGGUUCUAUGCAUAACUUUGUUCCUUAUUCUAUUCAUCCUUAAACUAUUUGCUUUAAAAUGUAAUUAAUGAUAUAAUUUUAAAUAAAUGCCAUAGAGUGCUUGGAUUAUUGGUAUAUAAUGUAUGUAAAACAAGAUUUUUUAAUGCUAUUCUGUCUUCAUUGAUCAAUUGGAUGACAAAACAUGGAAUUAAAUCAGUAAUUUAAUAUUC